UUUUUUUAGUUAUUUAUUGUUUGUUAAAAUUAUUGCAAAAUGAUGGUUAAAAAAUUAGAAAAGGUGUCGUAUGAAGAUGCUCUUGAUAUGACGGGCUUUGGCAAGUUCAACUAUCUUAUGUUGGCACUUGUGGGUAGCAUGAUCAUGGGUAUGGCCUCCGAGAUCUUCUCAGUGUCGUUCCUGGUGACGGCUAGCGCCUGCGAGCUGGGCACUGUUAGCUCGCAACAGGCACUCAUAGCCGGCACUCCUUUAGUUGGUAUCAUAGCAUCGUCCCAUUUCUGGGGUUACCUGGCAGAUACGCAAGGCAGGCGCAAGAUACUGUGCGUGUCGUUGAUGGUAGGCUUCUGUGCGGGUUUCGUCGCCACCUUUUCACCGAACUGGAUCGUUUACAUGCUUCUUAAGUUCGCUUCGUCAUGUGGUGUGGCGGGCACGUACGCGUUAGCACUCACCCUGCUCGGCGAGUGCACGCCGCACACGAAGCGGACUACCAUGAUUGCAUACACCACCAGCAUUUUUCUCAUUAGCACCGGCUCCAUGGCAAUUAUUACAAUACCAGUGCUGCCGCUUACGUUCUCCUAUUACAUUCCGUACCUGAACAUACACUUCAAUUCCUGGCGGCUCCUGAACAUCAUCUACUGCAUUCCGUGUGCUCUAGGCGCGCUGGGUGUACUCAAGUCCUAUGAGAGUCCCAAGUACCUGCUUAGUGUGGGAGAAGAAGAAAAAGCUCUAGAAAUACUGAGAGGAAUACAUGCUAUUAACAACGGGAAGGACGCCGUAUUCAAAGUGACGUCAGUGAUCUUAGAUGAAGAGAGAAAAAAGAACGUGGUGGGUUUGUGGGCGUCGCUCAAAUCGCAAACCACUCCCCUUCUCAAACCUCCGCUGUUGAAGAAAACUUUGCUACUGUCUUUAUUGUUUAUCAUUGUUUAUUUUUGUUUGAACCCGUACAUGGUGUGGCUGCCGUACAUAGCAGACGGAAUCAUGCGCGCCAUAGAGCGUGACGACGGCAACAUAACAUUCUGUCAGAUGCUGCAGACAUCCCUUGACGUCACUAAAACUCAGACGUCGAAUUGCGGCUUGGAUCAAACCGCCAUGAUUAUGGUGUUCUGUAUAGAUGUUUUCAUGGCUAUAUUGAACAUAAUCCUGACCACAAUUAUGAGUUGUACUGGAAGGAAAACACUUCUUAUUUCAUUACAGCUGCUGUCAGGGGUGGCAGGUCUACUGGUGAACUUAAGCAGCAGUUGGAUCGUGAGUAACAUCCUCUUCAUCAUCUACGUGUCAGGAGUUCUCAACUUCGGCUUCCUCGCCACCUUCGUCGUCGAUGUUUUCCCUACAUAUGUCAAAGCGAUGGCGGUGUGUCUGUGCCUGAUGGUGGGGCGCGGCAGCUCGGUGUUGGGCAUCAACAUCCUUAAAGCGCUGCUGAUCAACCACUGCCAGCUUUCCUUCUAUUGCUUCGCUGGACUUGCUAUUGUUGGAGGGCUGUUAAGUUUUCUGCUGCCAUCGGACUUAAAGAAAAAGAAGAACGUCGAAUCUUGAUUUGUUAUUUAUAAGCAUUUUAUACAAGCGAUAUACGCUGGCUGUGAUAUUGUCAUUUAGUGAAUACAGAACGAGAGAAGUAAUAACAGUCUUAAAAUAAAGAGCGUAAAAAUUUUGUAAAAACAAUACACUAAAGUAUAUAUUUAAAAGAAAAUGUUGUAAUAUGCUAAUCUUUACUAUAGAAUUCCCUUAAAGCAAUUGUUUUGUUCUUUAUUGUUGUCUCUUUUUAUCAAAGAGUAUGAAAGAGAUGCCAACAUAUAUGUAAACAAAUAAAAGUGGAAGUCAAAAUUAUGCGGUACUCGGUUUGUGUGCCCUGAACUAUUUGGUGAAAUAUUUUAUUAACAUUGUUUUGAUGGUACUGCGUUACUAUUUAUUUGAGUAACUUAUUUUUUGAAAUAACACUUUUCUUAUGAAAUGAUUAGUGAUCAAAACAGGGAAAGUUGUGAAGAACAGUUGCAAAAUAAUGUUUCGGAGGUUAUUAAAAAUGUAAUAU